UGUGUGCUUACAUGGACACUUUUAAGACCAGAUUAAUUUCCAAUGACAAUCAUAUGACAGAUGCAUAAGGUCACCAGCUGUUACAGUUUGUACAUAUACUUCCAUACAAACAUGUCACACAAGAAUCUUUAGUUGGCACCAACGCAAGAUGAUGCGAGGACUAUUCUACAUUUGUUUCUUUUGUAUCUCUGUCGCUGAUAAUUGCGGUAAAACAGUGAGCAUUCAAGAAGAUAUUCUCCAUUCAUUGGUCAGCAUGCAAAGACCCUCGUGUGGAGGAAACACUAAAUUUGGCCUCACCAGUGUCAUUGUUUGCCAUGGAAUAUCUGUCUAUCUUAGAUGCACAUAUCCUUUUAAAAUAAAUAUUAAAGCGGCUGUAUAUGGACGAUUGGAUAAAAGUAUAUGUCCUGAAGGUCCAGCAGGAACAACAUCUUGUAAAUCGAAAACAUCUGAUGCAAAGAUUAAAGCACAAUGCAACGGAAAAGAAAUAUGUCGGGUUAAUGCAGACGCCAGACUGUAUGGAGAUCCAUGUUUUGGCAUCUACAAAUAUCUUGAUGUAAAAUACACGUGUUUUUAAUCUCAUUAACGCAAUACAGUCUUUACUAUGUUUAAUUUGUCAUCUUAUUGAAAUGAA